AUGAAUGCAAAAACAAUCACAGUUAAACGUAGAAGUUGGCGGAAAAAACUUGAACCUUUGUUAAAACAAAGUGACAAAAAAAUGUUCACAAUUCGACUUUUAAUGGAUAUAGAAACAAACAAUUAUAAAGACAUUCGCGAGUUUGUGUCUCUUAACAAUCGUGGUAACAUGGGUGGUCUGGCUAUUUGUAAUAAAAUGAAAAACAAUGACAAUGAAACAAUAAUCAGAGGGAAUGUUUCUCCAGUUGUUAUGUCGUUCUGUUGGUUCAACAAUGCUACAACAUAA